AUGUUGACCCGCCUCAGAGCCCGGAGCAGGAGCUUGUUCCCCGGCUACAAGCAUGGCAACCGGACUCAAGCUGUCAAAGAACCAGCUGAUUUUUUAUAUUUCAGCAACAGCACUAUAAAACCAUGGAACUCCAUGCAGGACCUGAGCAGUGACGUCUACGAUCUUUAUGCUGAUGAUGAUGAUGAUGAUGAUGAUGAAGAGGACGAUGGAUUCCCGGCGUCUCCGUCCCGCCUGGUGCUCUCUCCAACCAAACACUUCACCCUCAACAUCAAUGUUGGAGGAACGAUGUACCACUUACCCUACAGGUUAGCUGCCAGGUAUCCAAAAACACGGAUUGGCCGGUUGGCCACAUACACAGAUCACAACAGGAAGUUGGACCUGUGUGAUGACUACAUCGUCCAUAGCAACGAGUUCUUCUUCGACAGGGACCCUCAAAUCUUCCACAACAUCUUCAACUUUUACAGGACUGGAGUGUUGUGGAUCAAAGAUGAACUGUGUCCCCGCAACUUCCUGGAGGAGAUAAACUACUGGGGAGUCAGAAUCAAAAACAGCCAACGCUGCUGCCGCAUCUCCUUUGAGGAGAGGCAGGAUGAGCUGUACGAGCAGCUGAAAAUACAGAGACAGCUGCUGGCAGAGAUGGAGAUGGAGGAGGACGAGGCGGUGUAUUACGGCAUGGCUUUCGGGUCGACCCGCAGGACAGUCUGGAACCUGAUGGAGAAGCCAUUCUCCUCUGUCCCUGCCAAGCUGAUGGCGCUCGCCUCCUCUGUCUUCGUGUUGGUCUCGCUGGUCGCCAUGACGCUCAACACCGUGGAGGAGCUGCAGUACAAGACGGCGUCCGGACAGCCGAGCGGCAGGUUUUACGGCGAGUGCGUGGAAACGUUCUGCAUCACUUUCUUCACCCUGGAGUACCUGCUGCGCCUCGUCUCCACCCCAGACCUGAAGCUUUUCGGGCGGAGCGUGCUCAACACGGUGGACCUGAUCGCUAUCCUGCCUCACUACCUGCAGAUGGUCCUGGAGUGCUUCGAGGACAAGGACAUCCACCAGCACGCAGGGGACAUCGAGACAGUGGCCAGAGUGGGAAAGGUGGGUCAGGUCCUGAGGAUCAUGCGUCUGAUGCGAAUCUUCAGGAUUUUGAAGCUGGCUCGUCACUCGACAGGCCUCAGAGCGUUCGGCUUCACGCUGAGACAGUGCUACCAGCAGGUGGGCUGUUUGCUGCUCUUCAUCGCCAUGGGGAUCUUCAUGUUUUCAGCCAUGGUUUACACCGUGGAGCACGACGUUCAUAACACCAACUUCACCUCCAUACCACACGCCUGGUGGUGGGCCGCUGUGAGCAUCUCCACGGUGGGCUACGGAGACAUGGUCCCAGAAACCAACCUGGGACGCAUCUUCGCCUUCGCCUGCAUCUCUUUCGGCGUCAUCCUCAACGGAAUGCCCAUCUCCGUCCUCUACAACAAGUUCUCCGACUACUACACCAAGCUCAAGGCCCACGAGUACACGGCCGUCACCAAGGCCCGCGGCAAGGUGCAUUUCACCAGGAGAGCGGUCAAGAGGAUCGCCGAGUGCUGCGAGGACGUCGUGUCCCCCAGGACGACCCGCCUCAUGUCCUCCGCUGGUCUCAGGUCUGCAGGAUUCAGCGGCGCUCGGCGGCUGGACUAA